UCCUCAGUUGCGCUUUGAUUCCAUCAGAGAAGAAGACACGAUGGCGGCGUUACGAGUCGUGGUGCUAACGGGGAGUGGGAGAGCUCUCCUGAGCACCCCCAAAACCCUCAAGACCCCCAAGGCAAACAUGUCCUUCUCCGCUCUGCCUCGGGGCCAGAAGGUGGCCCUGACGACGCUGGGCGUGGUCGCGGCCGGCGGGGCGGGUCUCGCUCUGAUGCUGCACCAGUCGGUGAAAGCCUCGGACCUGGAGCUGCACCCCCCUCACUACCCCUGGAGCCACGCCGGACCGCUGUCCUCUCUGGACCACGCCAGCGUCCGCCGCGGUUACCAGGUCUACAAGCAGGUGUGUUCAGCCUGCCACAGUAUGGAGUACCUGGCCUUCAGAAACCUGGUGGGAGUGUCACACACAGAGGACGAGGUCAAGGCCAUCGCUGAGGAGGUUGAGGUCGUGGACGGCCCCGAUGAGAACGGAGAGAUGUUCACCCGGCCAGGAAAGCUGUCCGACUACUUCCCGAAGCCCUACGCCAACCCCGAGGCGGCCCGCGUGGCCAACAACGGCGCGCUGCCCCCAGACCUGAGCUACAUCGUCAACGCCAGACACGGCGGAGAGGACUACGUGUUCAGCCUGCUGACGGGUUACUGCGAACCCCCCGCCGGCGUCUCGGUGAGGGAAGGACUCUACUACAACCCCUACUUCCCCGGCCAGGCUAUCGGCAUGGCCCCGCCCAUCUACAACGAGAUCCUGGAGUACGACGACGGAACCCCGGCCACCAUGAGUCAGGUUGCCAAGGAUGUGUGUACCUUCCUGAGGUGGGCCGCCGAGCCGGAGCACGACCAACGCAAACGCAUGGGACUGAAGCUGCUGAUGGGCUCGGCCAUCCUCGUCCCGCUGCUCUACUACAUGAAGAGACACCGGUGGUCCGUGCUGAAGAGCAGGAAGAUCGCCUACAGGCCUCCCAAGUAAAAGGAGAACAAUCCCCCCCGAUGCGGGCCUAAAACCAUGAGGGCUGCGUUCAUCCACCCCACGACGCUCACGACACAUACACACACAUGCCUUUCUGAGAGCAGGUAGACAGAAACCAAGAGUAUAUAUGUUCCGUACAGAAAAUGCCUUUUUCUUUAUUCUUUAUUUUUUUUGUUUUCAUUAGCGGCAUGGAUACGACGAGCGUGUGAAUCUAGAACACUGGUGCGAGUUGUGGCGUUGUUGAACGCAGCCUCUUCAAAGUUUUGCUUGUUUGAUCUGCAGCGAGUUGCCUCCUGUAGCACUACAGAUCUGUGCAUCUCACAUCCGUCAUCAUCGACCCAUUUUGUAAAGAAAAAAAAAACUUCAACUACAGGGCAAACAUCCCGGGUGAAUGUUUAAGUGUCUCCCCACAUCUCUGUUUUACUGUACAAAUAAAUUAUCUUAAAGGAACGCUGCAGGUGUGACAGUUUUAUCUUCAUUUCCAGCAGCAGACGAGGCGACGGUCCGACGCCGCCCGUCGUUCUGAUGCUUUCUGUCGGGCUCGCUGUGGAGUCUGCAGCUUCGCUUUGUCAUGUAAAUAUUAAAUAAAGCAGGAAAUGAACAAA